GUCAGCAGGUACAAACAGAUUCAGUCAGCACUUGGCUUCCGUUCGCUUCACACUUUGUCGCUACUCUUUCACAAUGCAUUCGGAAACAUCUACAGUUCACAUGAAUGACAAACUUCAACCAGCGAAAUCUGACAUAACUCCAGGCAGCCCUCGAAUGAACACCCAGAUUUCUCAGAUCCCUGGACUGUCCCCAAGUGUCAUCUCUGGUCCUGAAGAAAAGGUCCGUGGACGAAGACAUGGAGUCCGCAAGGACGACACAGACUAUAUCAAACUUGCAAAGCAAGGCGGGCAUAAGGGACUUUUGUGGCAUGUGGAAAAAACAGAAGAUUCAAAAGCUAAUUGUUACAAACCUCCAGAGUGGUUCUGCAGUUCCCCAUUGGACAGCAGCAAACCGAGUCUAAUUAACAGUGAUGAGCAGAAAGUCCCUGGAGGUUUUCAGCAGCCAGAAUGUCCCGCUGGGACUGUCAGUAAGUCCACUGAAGAGAUGGUUGACAGGGACAGUGAUGACAAUGAGACGGACAGUGUUUGUGAGAAUGGGACGAAGAAAAAAUCCUCAUCCACUCAAAACCGGGAGAACAUCAAAUUCAGGAGGAAAGUAUUUGACAAGAAAGCUUCUCCUGUCAACAUGUCCAAACUGCUGAGUUUUGGUUAUGCUGAAUCCAACAAACCUACAAACAACAAGGAAGUGUAAAGUAAGUCACACUCUUUUAGGUCAUCG